AUGGACAACACGAGCUUCUUCACCGAGUACGGCGAGGCUAACCGUUUCUCCAUCCACGAGGUGAUCGGCAAGGGGAGCUACGGGGUGGUGUGCUCGGCGACGGACAACAAGACCGGGGAAAAGGUGGCCAUCAAGAAGAUCACCGACGUCUUCGAGCACGUGUCGGAUGCGACCCGGAUCCUGCGAGAGGUGAAGCUCCUCCGCGUGCUGAAGCAUCCCGACAUCGUGGAGGUGAAGCACAUCGUGCUCCCGCCCAACCCGAGGGAGUUCAAGGACAUCUUCGUCAUCUUCGAGCUCAUGGAGACGGACCUCCACCAGGUCAUCAAGGCGAACGACGACCUGACGCACGAGCACCACCAGUUCUUCCUCUACCAGCUGCUGCGAGGGCUCAAGUACGUUCACACCGCGAACGUGUACCACCGCGACCUCAAGCCCAAGAACAUCCUGGCCAACGCGGAUUGCAAGCUCAAGAUUUGCGACUUUGGCCUGGCGCGACCGGCGUUUCACGACAGCGGACCGACGACCGUGUUCUGGACGGACUACGUCGCCACCAGGUGGUACCGCGCCCCGGAGCUGUGCGGGAGCUUCUUCACCAAGUACACCCCCGCGAUCGACAUAUGGAGCAUCGGCUGCAUCUUCGCCGAGAUCCUGAGCGGCCGACCGCUCUUCCCGGGCAAGAACGUGGUUCACCAGUUGGAGAUCAUCACCGACCUGCUGGGCACUCCGCACCCGGACGUGAUCAACAGGGUGCGGAACGAGAAGGCCCGACGGUUUCUCGGGAACAUGCGCGUCAAACCCAGGAUCCCGUUCGCCUCCCGGUUUCCCGGCGCGGCGCCGGCGGCGUUGGCGCUGCUGGAGCGGAUGCUCGCGUUCGACCCGGAGGAGAGGCCCACCGCCGAGGAGGCUCUCGCGGAUCCCUACUUUGCCGGUCUGUCUGAUCCCAGCAGGGAGCCCGCGGCGGAGAUUGUGUCCAGGACGGAGUACGCGUUCGAGUCGAGGAAGCUCACGCAGGAGGAGGUGCGGGGUCUCCUCUACAGGGAGAUCCUCGACGCUUCGACCUGCUCGGGUGCUUAUUCGGAUCGCACGAAGUGGACGAGUGUCGCUCGAAGGUGA